GCUGUGUGUAGUGUGAGAGGGAGUGUGGUGUGGUGCCUGUCUUGUGGACACAGAGGACAUUCGCUAACGUCGCUUCUCAGUUGGGCAGCCCGACUCCGGACGGGUGCGCUCUAAACUCGUGACGAAGCUUUCUCAAAGUGAAGCAUGCACACACGUCUUUAAGCGGCGACUGAUAUAGGCUACAGCUCAGACAGCUUGGCGGCUCCUGUCAAUGUGACCAUCAAGGCUCUGAAGGCCAACUCUGCCGUGGUGACAUGGGACAUCCCCGAGGGGGACCCCGUCAUCGGCUUCGCCAUCACACAGCAGAAAAAGGAUGUGCGCAUGCUACGCUUCAUCCAGGAAGUGAACACCACCACCCGCUCCUGUGCAUUAUGGGACUUGGCGGAGGAGACCGACUACAUUGUGCACGUGCAGUCCAUCAGCAUGAGUGGGCCCAUGAGUCCACACAGCGAACCCCUGCGCUUCCGCACGCCAAAGGACGCCGAGACACAGGCCUCCAAGAGUAAAGACGAGGUGACCAUGGAGGAAGUGGGAGCUCAGCUGAGGGCGGGGGAGUUCAUCAUUAUCGUGGUGGUGCUGAUCAUGUGGGCAGGUGUGAUCGCUCUCUUCUGCCGUCAGUAUGACAUCAUCAAAGACAACGAGCCCAACAACAACAAGGACAAAGCCAAGACCUCAUCGGAGUGCAGUACUCCGGAGCACCCAACGGGGGGGCUGUUGCGCAGUAAGUUCCCCAAGAACAAUAACAACAACAACCGUACGCCAUCUGUGAACAUCAUCGAGCUGUGAUGGCUAGGACCCUCUCUAAUCCAAAGGACUGAGUGUCUUCUGAACAGAGCAUCCAAAAUGCCCGUUAUGCCCAUCUGCUUGUUAGGGUGAGGCUGGGACUGUGGGCGCGCCCCCUUGGCCGUGCCCAGCCCUUUGGCACGGGGCUUGGGUGUGAACUGGGCCCCCAGGACUCCAGGGGUCAGGCCUCAAAGGAGAGGCUCUAGGUGUGAUGGCAGGACUGUGGCUGUCACUGCUCUAAUCACUGCCACAGGGCCAAGGAGAUAAGGGCCAAAUGGAUUCAGCUGUAAGCUGAGAAACAGACGGGAGAUAUGAACAUGGCCAGGGGACUGCAGGUAACCAGGGCCAGAGACCAUCUCUCUAUUAGCUUCAGUGCAGGCUGCUGAGGGGAGGACAGCUCAUAACAAUGGCUAGAACAUAGUUUUAUUAUUAUGAUCUGUCCUCCCCUCAGCAGCCUCCACUGCUCAGCUUGUUAUCAAUGAACUGAAACACACUGUUUCCCCCCUGUUCACCAUGCUGCAACCGAGGCUGGUGCACUGAGAACCGUGUGAAAAUGAAUUCCACCUGUUGUAUCUUCUCUCUUAAACAGUAACCUUGUUUCUUUCUUUAUUUGCCUCCUAUCAAGCGCUUGCUGUAAGGCACAUACUGUCUUUGCUAUCGUUUAUCUUGUGUGAGAUAUUAUACCUGUUAUUCAAACUCAAACUACAUCUCUGUAUCAAAAUCUGUCUUCUUUUUUUAUCAAUCUACUCACGAAAACGUAUUUGCAGGAUACCAACCAAGGUUAGUUAUAUAGAUCUCCUUAUGGUUAUCUAGAUCUCACUCUUGUUAUAUAGAUCUCCCUAUGGUUAUAUAGACCUCACUCUUGUUAUCUAGAUCUCCCUAUGGUUAUCUAGAUCUCCCUAUGGUUAUCUAGAUCUCCCAAUGGUUAUCUAGAUCUCCCCAUGGUUAUAUAGACCUCCCUAUGGUGUUAUAGAUCUCACUCUAGUUAUAUAGAUCUCCCUAUGGUUGUCUAGAUCUCACUCUAGUUAUAUAGAUCUCCCUAUGGUUAUCUAGAUCUCCCUAUGGUUAUAUAGACCUCCCUAUGGUGUUAUAGAUCUCACUCUAGUUAUAUAGAUCUCCCUAUGGUUGUCUAGAUCUCACUCUAGUUAUAUAGAUCUCCCUAUGGUUGUCUAGAUCUCACUCUAGUUAUCUAGAUCUCCCAAUGGUUAUCUAGAUCUCCCUAUGGUUAUAUAGACCUCCCUAUGGUGUUAUAGAUCUCACUCUAGUUAUAUAGAUCUCCCAAUGGUUAUCUAGAUCUCCCUAUGGUUAUAUAGACCUCCCUAUGGUGUUAUAGAUCUCACUCUAGUUAUAUAGAUCUCUGUAUGGUUAUCUAGAUCUCACUCUAGUUAUAUAGAUCUCACUCUAGUUAUAUAGAUCUCUGUAUGGUUAUCUAGAUCUCACUCUAGUUAUAUAGAUCUCCCUAUGGUUAUCUAGAUCUCCCUAUGGUUAUCUAGAUCUCACUCUAGUUAUAUAGAUCUCCCUAUGGUUAUCUAGAUCUCACUCUAGUUAUAUAGAUCUCCCUAUGGUUAUCUAGAUCUCCUUAUGGUUAUCUAGAUCUCACUCUAGUUAUAUAGAUCUCACUCUAGUUAUAUAGAUCUCCCUGUGGUUAUUUUUUUAUUUUAUUUUUUUCACCUUUAUUUAACCAGGUAGGCAAGUUGAGAACAAGUUCUCAUUUACAAUUGCGACCUGGCCAAGAUAAAGCAAAGCAGUUUGACACAUACAACAAC